AUGACGUUUUGGGACGUCACAUACAAUCCUUUCGUGAUUGUGUAUGGACGUCAAUCAAAGACCGUUCUUGAUCUUGCACAUAUUCCUUUCGCUGAAAAAGCAAUCGAUAAGGUGGACGAUAUUGUUUCUCAAAUGAGGCUAGUUCAUGAAGAUGUGCGCCAAAGCUACAACAAGCUUAGUGAACAAAAUCUUGGUCCACUUGAAGUUCUUGAGCGCAUCAAUCCUAAUGCAUAUCGACUAAAGUUGCCUUCUCAUAUGAAGAUACAUGACGUGUUCAAUGUUCGGCAUUUAGCACCUUAUGUGGGUGUUUCUUCCAAUGAUGAUGAUUCGAAUUUGGGGACAAAUUCUUUUAAAGAAAGGGGGAAUGAUGUAGCCCAUAUUCAAGGCCAACUCAUUCAACCAAGAAGAGACGUGCAUGAUGGGUCCCAGCAAAAAAAAGAAAUCCAGGACCGUCGUCUGCAGACCGUCUUCUUCCCUUUCAAGCCGCGGCUUCAGCUCCUCCUCCAUCCUCCAUCGUCUGCAAACCGUCUGAAAGCACCGGCCACCAACCCCGUCACUCGCGGCGAAGCCCCGGCCAGUCGAAAGCCGCCGCCCGUUCUCGGCGGAGCCCGAUGGAGCCAGCUCCGGAACCUGCCGUCUCUUCGGUGCCGAAGUGGAAGCUCGAUUGUCGGUGUAAGAGCUCAGGUUGCCACUGUUGAAAAAGUGAUCACAGAAGGUGCUCAAAGCGUAGAAUCGCCUGUCAUGAUAGUUACCGGAGCCUCCAGGGGUAUUGGUAAAGCGUUGGCAUUAUCACUGGGUAAAGCAGGUUGCAAGGUUAAUGCUAUUGCUCCAGGGUUCAUUGCAUCUGAUAUGACUGCCAAACUUGGGGAAGAAGUUGAAACGAAAAUCUUGGAGACAAUUCCGUUAGGUGAGAUAUUAAGGAGUGGCUGCCGGUAA